UAGACAGAGCGCGCUAGAGGGCGUGGUUCAAGACAGCGAUGGAUUUAGUGAUGAGUGGAGAGAUGCUUGGAAUGGCCGUGACAGUGGUGGUGCAGUUCUUUAUGGUGUUUGGAGGUAUCCUACCGUAUCUACCCCAGUAUCUGACUGUGUACCGCUCCAAAGAUGCUCAUGGCUUCUCCACUUUUGUGUGCUUUGUGAUUAUCGUGUCUCAGAUCCUCCGAAUACUCUUCUGGUUUGGCAAGCACUAUGAGCUGCCUCUACUGCUGCAGAGCAUUGUCAUGAUUCUUGUCAUGUUGGCCAUGCUGCACAUCUGUACGUUCGUAUCAAAGAAGAAGUCAUCUCUGGUUGUAAAGAGAAUUACUGAUCUCAAGUGGGAGGAGUUUUGGAAGUGGACGUAUUUCUCUGAUUACUGUGUCUUUGUGUUGUGUCUGAGUGUGUGCGGUGGUGCCUUGACCUGGUGGUUGAAUGGAGUGCCCAUUUAUGUUGAGGCUCUCGGCUUCUCCUCUCUGUUACUGGAGGCAUGUUUAGGGAUACCUCAGUUCAAUAAGAAUUACCGUAACAAGUCCACAAAGGGAAUGAGUGUGGGGAUGGUGUUGCUCUGGUUGACUGGAGACGCUGCCAAGACUAUCUAUUUUGUUCUCAGACAAUCUCCAUUUCAGUUUGUUAUGUGUGGAACUUUACAAUGCAUUGUAGAUGUAGCUGUACUAGUUCAAGUGUUCAUUUAUUGACAUUUUGAUCAAUGAUAAUUAUUGAAUUUUGA